AAUAAAUAUAGCUGUCGUUGGCUCUGCAAUUUAUUUCCUUCCCCUGCUGAAGUGUGGGAGGGAUAUUUAUGAUGAUCUGGCAACCCGUAAUUUAAAAGCGAAAGUUCUCGGCUCAGGUACACCAGAGUUCAGACAAAAGGCAGACACCGUGCUGCAAAAUGGAGGACGAAGACGCGAUGUCUGAUAACAGCGUGCCUUUCGGCUACGGAGCUUCAGCAUUCGGCAGUGAGGCUGAGGAAGAGGAAGAUGAUGUCGCGAUCCACAGAGAGAUGGCUCUCCGGCACGUGGAGCUGGAGGCACUCACAGAGAGAUAUGAGGUGGACCGAGCCGCAUCACCUGCCCCCAGUUACGAAUCAAUGCACAGUGAUGUUUGCACAGGAGCAGAGUCGUAUAGUCGGUGUAAAAUUCAGCUGAAUAGAAGGGACUCUUCAGGGUCGAGCUGCUGCUCUAAUUCCAGUGGGGAGAACCUGGACAAAGAGCCUAAAGACAUAGAAAUGAUGCCAGAAAAACCAAAUGAUACUCAUCCUUUAAAGCCGGAGUCAUCUGAUCCUAAUGAGAAGCGAUAUCCUGCCCUGACCAUUGAUUUCACCUUUAAGGUCCUCCAGAGCAGCCUGCAGCAGCUUAGCCAAGAGCAAUUCAAGCACUUUAAGAGAACCCUGUGGGAGCGUUACCCCAGGCACUUUCGAGAUCAGCUUAGCAGCUUGGACAUUAUAGAUCUGGUGGAUAAAAUGUUGGAGCUCUGUGGCUUGGAGGUGUCUCUGAAUAUCACACUAGUGCUCCUGAAUGACAUGAAAUUAAAAUACAUUGCUGAGCAACUGCAGGGAAUGUGCAUGAGAAAUGAAGUCCGCUGUGAGCUGAAAAAGACACUGAAAAGGAUAUACGAGCAUGUUUCUGAAGACCUGCCCCGGGAAACCCGUUUCGAGGACGUUUGCACUGACCUGUACGUUACAGAUGGUGGCAAUGCUGCAGUGAACAGCGAGCAUGAGUUUAGACAGAUAAAGGAGCUGCACGAGGAUUCUCGCAGCAAUAAAAACACAUUGUCCUUCACCGAUAUAUUUAAUUCUAAGGUUGUUGAGAAGAGGCACAUAAGAACAGUGAUAACUAAAGGAAGUCCAGGGACUGGCAAAUCGUUUCUAGUUCAGAGGUUUAUCUUGGACUGGGUGGAAGGCAGAUCGCACCAAGACAUCUUUUUUCUGCUCCCUCUGCCGUUUAAGGAGUUGAACCAAGUGGCCGAGGAAACGAUAGGCUUCGUGGAUUUAAUCUGUAGACUCUAUCCAGAGAUGAAAAAAGUAGAUAACCUUGAGUUUGAAGGCUGCCAGGUGAUGUUCAUCUGUGACGGCUUGGACGAGUACACUAUUCCCAUUGACUUUCGCAACACUGCGUAUUGGUGUGAUCACAGCGAGCCAGCAAAAACCACUGUUUUAAUCGCCAACCUGAUCAGGGGAAACCUCUUGUACUCUGCCUACGUCUGGGUGACCACUCGACCCGUGGUGAUCAACCGGAUUCCCGCAGAAUGCAUCCACCAAUUAUUAGAGGUUCGCGGGUUUACAUACGAACAGAGAGAAGCCUACUUCAGGAACACCAUCCCCGAGAAGGAGCUGGCAGAAAGAGUUGUAGCUUACAUCAAGUCUUGCAAGACGCUCUAUAUUAUGUGCUACUUACCACGGUUUUGCUCAGUGGUGCGCAGAUUGCUUGAGAAGGAUCUCCGUAGCAGAGAACACCCCAAAGCUCUUACUCAAUUCUACACCAACCUGCUACUCCUGCAUAUAAAUAUGCGAGGCAUGAUACUGCUGUCACAAGAUGAAGAGUUCUUCUUGAAGCUUGGGAAGAUGGCCUUCCAGCUGCUGGAGAAGGGUGUGUUCCUGAUCGAGAAAGACCUCUGGGAAAAAUCUGGUCUGAAAGCUGAAGACGCCGUGUUAACCGCUGGCCUGUGCACACAGUUCUACCGCGAAACAUUUAUGAUGUAUCAGGAGAAAGUGGACUGCUUCAUUCAUCCAACGAUGCAGGAGUACUUAGCGGCUCUUUACGUCUUCCUUUCUUUCAGGAACCACAAGAAAAACGUUCUGGAAAGUACAAAGAUGAAAAAGUUUCCGGGUUCAAAAGUGGAUCUGGUGGAACUGUACAAGAGUGCUAUAGAUAAAGCAUUGCAAGCCCCAAAUGGCCACUAUGACCUCUUUCUGCGUUUUCUCUUGGGCAUGUCAGUGAAGGCCAAUCAGGAGCUGCUUAGCAUCUUGUUUAUCAACACAAGGCCUUCUAAGCAGCAGGCUCAGGAAGAGACGGCAAACUACAUCAAAAAGAAGUUCAGGGAAUUUCCAGAGAGAACAGAAAACCUUCAGAGAUGCUUAGAUGAACUUUUCCCUCAUCCUCACUAAACUGGCACUGUUUUUCAACUGAUUUUGAUUUUGAUGACAGAUUGUCUUUCUUCUGUGUUUUUUGUGUCAGAUUUGCAGCAGCACAGUAUAAUCGAGAGUUCCUGUAAAUGGAAAGAAUUAUUGGGAAAGAAUUAUUGACUGUAGCCCAUCUGUUGCUGUGCAGAUUGGAGUAUUCUCACCACAGACAGACACUGACAUGGCAUUGGCAUGGCUGUCGAGAGUUUAGAGCAGCGUUACACACAUUUACAUUCACGGCAUUUGGCAGACGCACUUAAUUCUGAGCUACAUCUCAUCUGUACAGCAGAGCUGGGGCCUUGUUUCUUAAUAGUUCUAAUUAACAGCAUGUGUGCUAAAUACUGCACCAAAUAAACAUAUUUAUUGCAUUUUACUGUCUUAGUAUUUUGA